GCGAAGGGUGACGCGGCCGGCACAGAGCCGCAGAGACGUUCGCACCAACUCCUCUGAACUCUGAAGCCUGAACGGAGCGGCGGAGAGGAAGGGGAGAGAUCACCCACCGGCGGCGAGGGGAGAUGGCCGGAGGCGAGGAAGGGUGGAGGAGGAGCGGCAUCGAGGUGAGCACCCUGCAGUUCGGCUACGACGGGGAGGCGCCGCUCUUCGCGCGCUUCAACCUCCGCGUCGCCCCCGGCUCGCGCUGCCUCCUCGUCGGCGCCAACGGAUCCGGCAAGACUACUCUCUUGAAGAUUCUUGCAGGAAAACAUAUGGUUGGAGGAAAGGAUGUUGUCCGUGUUCUUAAUGGUUCUGCUUUUCAUGACACACAAUUCGUGUGCAGUGGUGACCUUUCCUACUUGGGUGGUUCUUGGAGUCGGAAUGUCAGUUCAGUUGGUGAUGUUCCACUACAAGGCGAUUUCUCUGCUGAGCACAUGAUAUUUGGAGUUGAUGGGGUUGAUCCUGUUAGGCGAGAGAAGCUGAUUGAUCUACUGGAUAUUGAUCUGCAAUGGCGCAUGCAUAAAGUUUCAGAUGGACAGCGCCGCAGGGUACAAAUUUGCAUGGGUCUUCUUCAUCCAUACAAGGUACUCUUACUCGAUGAGAUCACCGUGGAUCUCGAUGUCGUGACCAGGAUGGAUCUCCUCGACUUCUUCAAGGAAGAAUGCGAGCAGAGGGAAGCCACGAUCGUCUACGCCACCCACAUAUUCGACGGGCUGGAGACAUGGGCCACCGACAUCGCGUACAUCCAAGAGGGCGAGCUGAAAAAGUCGGCGAAAUACUCGGACAUCGAAGAGCUGAAGACGGCCAAGAACCUGCUGUCGGUCGUUGAGUCAUGGCUGAAAUCCGAGGCCAAGCUCCCGAAGAAAGAACCCGCCCGCGUCGAGAGCCAGCCCAGGCGCCCUUCCCCGUUCGACGCCUCCCCUUUCCGGGCGUCGCGCCACAUGGCCUACUACCGAUGAUGACCGUGUAAAACCUCUGCACCCAUUCCGGUGCCAUGCAACUCUGGAGUCUGUAUCUUCCUUUUUUUUGUUCCCCAUCCAUCCCUGUAUACGGCAAUGUAUCUAUCUAAAUCUAAAUAAUAAACAAGUCGAGCGUGCGUAAUGAUCCUGUUCCCAUCAUUGUGAUGAUUCUCAUCUAAAUACAGAUUACACAGUGCUACAUGAAUCCAUUCAUUCAGUCA